GAGGUUAGUUAGGGACAAUAACUAUCUUGCUUUUAUAUUGUUCAAAUUUCUUGAAUUGGAUUGAACCCAGUUCCAUCUCCUGACGAAUAGGGCAAUCACGUUGCUUGCACUGAUUUCUUCCAGCUUCUUUGGUCUAGUGUGAAUCAUGAGAAUCUUUCUGUUUCGUCAGUUUUCGACUUUGCUAGAUUCUGUGUCGAUUAAACCCACAUCUGCAGAACCUCAAUUUCAUGGAAAUUUGAGGAGGAGUUGGAAUUCAAUUCCAAUACCCAAUAGAACACUCCCUGAACCCAAAGGCCAAGAUCUUGAUUUUAUAAAUGUUGCACAUAGCCACCUGAUUCAUACUGAUUGGGAUAAGCUUAAUUCAUUAUCUACUCAUUUUACACCGUUCAGAGUUAAGCACAUUCUGCUAAGGAUGAAGAAAGAUCAUGUUCUUUCACUGGAAUUAUUCAAUUGGGUCAAAACCCAAAACCCUAAUUCUCUUACACUUGAAACCCAUUCGAUAAUCCUCCACACUCUUACCAAAAACAGAAAAUUCAAGUCUGCUGAGCUCAUUUUGAAGAGUAUACUCAUUCCAAGUUCAAUAGAUAUUGCAGAUAAGUUGUUUGAUGCAAUUCUUUAUUCAUAUCGAAUGUGUGAUUCCUCGCCUCGCGUGUUUGAUUCACUGUUCAAGACAUAUGCACAUAUGAAAAGGUUCAGGGAUGCUACAGAUACAUUUUUUCAUAUGAAGGAUUAUGGAUUUUUUCCUACUGUAGAGUCCUGCAAUGCUUAUUUGAGCUCUUUGCUUGAUUUACACAGGGUGGAUAUUGCUUUGGGAUUCUAUAAAGAAAUGAGUAGAUGUAGGAUAUCACCAAAUGUGUACACUCUUAACAUGGUUAUGUCUGCUUUUUGCAAAUCAGGAAAACUUGACAAGGCAGUGAAGGUGUUUGAGGAAAUGCAUAAUCUAGGAAUUAGUCCUAAUGAUACUUCUUACAAUACCUUGAUUAUAGGGUAUUGUCGAAAGGGUCUCUUGAACUCUGCUGUGAAGCUUAAAAACAUGAUGAGGGAGAGAGGAUUGGAGGCAAAUGUGGUUACAUUUAAUACUUUAAUUUAUGGGUUUUGCAAAGAAGGGAAAAUACAUGAAGCUAGUAAAGUUUUUAGUGACAUGAAAGUCCUGAAUGUACCUCCUAAUACCAUAACUUACAAUACUUUAAUAAAUGGAUACAGCCAAGUGGGGAAUAGUGAGAUGGGCAGCAUGCUUUAUGAGGAGAUGUCAAGGAAUGGUGUUAAAGCUGAUAUAUUGACAUACAAUGCCUUGAUUUCAGGUCUUUGCAAUGAGGGCAAGACCAAGAAGGCUGCAUAUAUGGUUAAAGAACUUGAUAAAUUGAACUUGUUUCCCAAUGCUUCUACCUUUUCUGCUCUUAUUAUUGGGCAGUGUAUGAGAAAUAACUCUGACCGUGCUUUUCAGCUGUAUAAAAGUAUGGUGAGGAGUGGUUGUCAUCCAAAUAAACAAACUUUCAACAUAUUGAUUUCUGCAUUCUGCAAGAACGACGAUUAUGAAGGAGCAUUUACAGUCCUGAUAGAAAUGUUUGAAAGAUGCAUGGCUCCAGGAUCAGAUGUUCUGUUGGAAAUUUACCAUGGACUUUGCCUAUGUGGAAAAGAUCAUUUGGCAAUGAAGUUGUGCAAUGAGAUGGAAGCUAGAACUAUCAUGCCAGAAGGUUUUGAAAAGGCUAAACCUAUUGAUAACAUAUAAUAAUAGUGCUCGUUAAGAUCACGGCACGUGUACAUGGGAUUCAGAAGGGUUCCCUAAAUCUAACUGAUUGGUCUGACCGAGCAGUAGAAAGCCCGACCUAUGAGAUUCAAAGAUCAAAGCAACUCCUCUGACUCUACCAAAGCCUGGAACAGAUGAGCAGACCCCUUCAAGGCCCGGUAUUGGAUGUAAGCCUGACCAGUCAUAAGUAACUAAGGGAAUCCACCUCAAUACAGAUCGAGCAGAGCACGACUUGACAAGAUUAGGGUAAGAUGCCGACCUCCUAUGCAUUGACUGUCUCCCCAGUGCGCUGCCGAGACCUUAAAUGCGCGGGUGGUAAGAUGAGUUGAUGUGAUGAGCACAAUGGAUAGGGUAUGGACUAGCCGGCUUUGCAUCUAUCAACGACGGAUUUAGCGUCAGACUUUGCUUCCAUCGAAAAAAAAAAAACAAACUUAGCUACGGCAUCAGCGACGAAUGUUAAUAUCUUUUUGUAUUUUUCAUUUCAUUAUCUGCUUGCUUGGGUUGCUUACAGUUAGGUGCUUAUAAUGUUAAUAUCUUUUUGUAUUUUUCAUUUCAUUAUCUGCUUGCUUGGGUUGCUUUCUUAGUUUGAGUGUCGUCACAUGAAUUUAAGACUCAUGCUAGAUAGGACACGAGAAGCAAAUUUUGCUAAGCCACUGGUUCUCAUAGUGUCUUAAUUCAAUUUGGAGCUAAAUGGUUUUCGUAUUCCUCUAAAUAGGCAUAUUGUUUAUACAAACAGAACAAGUUGAAUAAAGCAUUGGAGUCUUUGAAAGUCCAAGAGAGAAAUUCUGAAACCAUGCUGUUAGAAUCACAAAUUCUUUUUUGUAUGGGGAAAAUGGGUGCUUGUGUUGAUGUCUAUCAGAAGCUUCUAAAGUCCAAGAUUGAUUCCCUGGAAAUAAACCAUGUUGCUGGUUUGGUUUUGGGUGGGAGAGCUUCUGAAGUGCUAGGAAUGAUGGAGGCAAAUCGGAUUAAAGCAUCUAGCAGUUUUGAACUGGCAUACAACACUGCUUGUUCUUUGAUUGAAAGGAAUAAGUACAUAGAAGCAGAACAAAUUUUGCUGACAGCUAGAAGAUGUCUCGAAGAACAGUAUCAUCUAGAGGCAAAGGACAUGGCCAACAUAUCUCUAUAAAUGAAACACAUGAGGCAGUAGAGGUGUAAGAGGAAACACGGGAGCAUACUCCAUAAAUAAAUGCAUCAUCAUCAUCACAUCAUUGUAGAUUCUACUUCUCCAUUAGAUGUUUCAGCAAAUUGAUAGAUUUGUUUUAAACUUUAUAAACAUUGUUAAGUACUAUUGAUUUAUUCUAAACUUUCAACUUUAUAAAUAUUUUGAAGUAUUUGUGC